AACGUGCAAUCUCCGUCCCUCGGCAUCAUACUGCAACAGCAAGAGCAGUUUCUACUUUCAUCUCCAGCAGUUCCAGCGCCACCUUAACAUACGAUGUCGGCUUUCGUGCAGUUUUUUUGCAUUGACGUCAAGACAUACAGCUCCAAACAGGCUUUCUUCAUAUUUCGUAUGCUUGAGUCCAAAAAUGGACAGAUAGACGGACACUGGUGCUCGUUUUAAACCAAUCUGACUGCAACAGUGGCUGAUCCAUCUCCCAUCACUCCGAGGAAGCUACUGCGUCCGAGGAUAACCGCAACACAACCACCGUUGCCCAGAGUGCGGCCCAGGCAAGAGCCAGCCACCGCCGCAUCAGGCACCAUGAUGGAGGGGGGCAUUCAGCUGCUCAACCGCGAUGGUCACAGCAUUUCGCACAACUCUAAGCGGCACUACAACGACUCCUUCAUGUCCAUGAACAGGAUGCGACAGCGGGGCCUGCUGUGUGACAUUGUGCUCCAUGUCUCCAACAAAGAAAUCAAGGCGCACAAAGUGGUGCUGGCAUCCUGCAGCCCCUACUUCCACGCAAUGUUUACCAAUGAGAUGUCCGAGAGUCGGCAGACCCAUGUGACCCUUCAUGACAUCGACUGCCAGGCUUUGGAGCAGCUGGUCCAGUACGCCUACACAGCAGAGAUUGUGGUCGGGGAAGGCAACGUGCAGACCUUGCUCCCGGCCGCCAGCCUGCUGCAGCUCAACGGGGUGCGGGACGCCUGCUGUAAGUUCCUCCUCAGCCAGCUGGACCCCUCCAACUGCCUGGGCAUCCGAGGCUUCGCUGACACGCACUCCUGCAGCGAGCUGCUCAAGUCCGCCCACAAGUAUGUCCUGCAGCACUUUGUGGAGGUGUCCAAGACGGAGGAGUUCAUGCUCCUGCCACUGAAACAGGUCCUGGAUUUGAUCUCCAGUGACAAUCUCAACGUGCCGUCUGAAGAGGAAGUGUACCGCGCUGUGUUGAGCUGGGUGAAACAUGAUGUGGAUGGCCGAAGGCAACAUGUCCCCUGGCUGAUGAAGUGUGUGCGGCUGCCACUGCUGAGGCGAGACUUUCUGAUGAGCAACGUGGAUACAGAGCUGCUGGUGCGACACCACACGGAGUGCAAGGACCUCCUGAUCGAGGCUCUCAAGUACCACCUGAUGCCUGAGCAGAGGGGAAUCCUCAGCAACAGCCGGACGCGCCUGCGACGCUGCGAGGGUGCAAGCCCUGUGCUCUUCGCCGUUGGUGGCGGCAGUUUGUUUGCCAUCCACGGAGACUGCGAGGCGUACGACACCAGGACGGACCGCUGGCACAUGGUGGCUUCAAUGUCCACUAGGCGGGCCCGGGUGGGCGUCGCAGCCAUUGGGAACAGACUUUAUGCCAUCGGAGGGUAUGAUGGCACCUCGGACCUCGCGACCGUGGAGUCCUACGACCCCAUCACUAACACCUGGCAACCGGAGGUUUCUAUGGGCAUACGGAGGAGCUGUUUGGGUGUAGCCGUCCUGCAUGGCCUGCUGUACGCUGCUGGUGGUUAUGAUGGAGCCUCUUGCCUCAAUAGUGCAGAGCGUUACGACCCUCUGACCAGUACAUGGACCUCGAUUGCUGCCAUGAGCACCCGCAGGAGAUAUGUCCGAGUAGCAACUCUGGAUGGCAGCUUGUAUGCAGUGGGAGGUUAUGACAGCUCCUCACACCUCGCAACAGUGGAGAAAUAUGACCCCCAGAGCAACGCGUGGAUAGCGAUCUCCAACAUGCUGAGUCGGCGCAGCAGUGCCGGGGUGGCCGUGCUGGACGGCAUGCUGUACGUCGCAGGGGGCAACGACGGCACCAACUGCCUGAACUCUGUGGAGCGCUUCAACCCCAAGGCCAACACCUGGGAGGGAGUGGCCCCCAUGAACAUACGCAGGAGCACUCAUGACCUGGUGUCUAUGGAUGGCUGGUUGUACGCAGUGGGAGGUAACGAUGGCAGCUCCAGUCUCAACUCCAUCGAGAAGUACAACCCACGCAGCAACAAAUGGGUCGCGGCCUCCUGCAUGUUCACGCGACGCAGCAGCGUGGGCGUAGCUGUGUUGGAGCUGCUGAACUUCCCCCCACCUUCCUCAACCACCCUCUCGGUUUCCUCCACCAGCCUUUGACACGGGGUCACCGCUUGGCUGACCUCGGCCUCUGCUGCUACAGCCCAAACUGGCUCUGGGAAGAAACGCAACUGCUCGGUUUGAGACUGGGAGGAGGACAGGAGUGGACAGGUAAAUGGAUGGAGGUGGGAGAAGAGGGAGAGAGAGGGAAGGUGAGGAUAAGGUUCUUGGCUUCAUUGAUAUUUAGUACCCUCCAAAAUGAGUGGCACUCUUGGUAAAGGUUGGCCAACCAUCGUUUAGGGAGAUUUUACUCAAUAAAUUUAAAAAAAAUUACAAAAGUACCCUGUGAUCGCCCCCUACCCCCCAAAAAAUCCACCUGUAACUAUGAAUUGUCAUUAACAGUUCAGGGACAACUUAGGAUUCUUUAUUGAUCCACUACAAAAUAUUACAUUACAUUUUUUACGUUAUAGUCAGACCAAUCUGGCUUCUCUUUACCAAGAUUCCCAUUAAUUCUGGAAACUAUCUGGUCUGGACACCUGAAGCUCCACCAGACAGACGCCAGCGCCCACUCUCAAGAGUAUAAAGAUGUGCCCGGAUGUGUUAACAUGUCCUCGAGCUCCACUUUUCUUUUCUUUCUCCCACCACUCCAGUGUUUGAAACACUCAUCGUGAAACAUGGUGGACACUUAAUUCUGUCAUGUCUGCUGUAAAUGUUUUUGGUUUGAUGUUGUUGUCCUCUGCAAUACUUUUUGUUUGAUGUCAGGAUGUUUUGCAAUAAUGUAAAAAGAGAGAAAGUGAAUGAUUUUACUUUUGGAAUGUAGCUUUUGACUGGGUGUACGUGCAUGUUUACAGAUCGACUCCGAACAGGAGGAUAAAACGUUGUAGUGCCGCUGUGCCACACUAGGUGGUAGUAACAGGUUAAAAACCCUUCCCACACUGCAGGACAGCAUGGACACAGAACAGAGAGAAGUCAGCCCCUCGAUAUAUAUAGUAAAUUAGUUUAAUCUUCUUUUUUUAUAAAAUAAUAAUUGUGAUGAACUAUAUGUAUUUAUAAAAAAUGAUAAAUUCUAAUAUAUAUUCUGUUUUAAAGGGAGGAAACAGAUCAGACAUAUGACUAUUUAAGAGUGUUUUAAAUAUAUUUAUUUUGAUUGUGUGCAUAUCGUCAAUUUAAAUGACAAAGAGAAUGUCUAAGGGAGAGAGAGAGAGAGAGAGGUUGUUGUUCAGUUUAUGUGCAUUUUAAGUUUCUUCUGGUUAAGAGGACUGAUUGAUGCAUUUUGAUAUGCAGCAUUUCCUUUACUUUUCUUCACAUUUGUUCACUGCCACAAGCAUGAUCUCACAUGAUACUGGACCGUAUGCCUGCUACAUUUGUGCUCACGGCUUUAGUUUUGUGAAAACUUAUUGACCAGUCGAUGACAGGACUCUAUAUUGUCUUGAAUUACUUUUAAGUGGACAUAAUCUGUGCACACAUGACAAGCUUAAAAUGGCAUUAAAGCAGCAAGUUAACCUACUGUUUACCAACACUUGACACAAAUGAGUAAUGCUGUUGACACUUGGUGCUGUCAUAUUUCCUUCGAUACAUAAUCAAGUGUGGUGUCUUGUUAUAUGACCUCAUUGUUGAAAUGGAUCCAAAUCUAUUGCAACAAUGUUGAACUAGAAACGACUGCAGAUAUACUGGCUGUAUAACGUGUGGUGGAUGACUUGGGGACGUCGCCACUGAACUUGGAUUGUUGAAAAUAAAUGGAUUACCUUAAGUCUUCAUGACUACCCGGGUUCAGUUGAGAUUUUAUGUAGCGCAGUGAUACUUAUCCAAACUUCUGAGAAGUUGCCUUUAUUUCUUUAUUCUUUUGAAGGAUUUUGUUAAUCCAGUUCUGUUCUCUAUCUAUGACGACCUUACUUUUCAUUUGUUCCAGUGGACCCAGUAGAAUAGUGGCUGUGAUGGUCUUAAGGAGAAGCUGUUAUUCUGUCAAGUGGCAGUGAGUCAGGGCCAGACUUUAAGAGAUGUGCACACACAACCACAAAAGACCUUGGCCUCCAUUUUGCUGAUUGAACUGUAAAUACAAAACGUGUUCAUCUGAAAUCCAUUUGUGCAAUUCCAAUGUGAUUGUAGCUAUUUUUUUUGCUUUGUGUUCAAUGUGGUGAUGAUUGUUUAUUUAUUAUAGGUUUGUUAUUUAUGAGGAACUUUAAAAUGUUGAAUUUUGCACUAUUGCGAAAUGGAGCAAUACACUGUAAAAUUAAAAAUAAAGCUGUUUUCAGAUGUGA